GUUAAAGUUCAGUUAUUUUCCUGUGGGACUAGGUGUGGAGAAGAGAGUUCAGAGAUCUGGGUUCUGAAGCUUGAUCUUGUGAAACCCGUCGCAGGUCUUGACGUUUGUGAGAGGGAAAAUGGUGAGUCUUAACGCUGAACUAUCCAAGAAAACAGAUAUUUUCGAUCUCAAGGUUUGGGUUUUAAUUGGGAUAGCUGUGGGCGUGUUUAUUUUAGUCAUUCUCUCUGUACUCUCCUUUUGCCUUACUUCAUGGAGGAAAUCGAGAAGGUCCAUUGAUAAGCUUCCCUUCAGCCGAAUCCCAGCUAUUUCAAAGGAAAUCAAAGAGGUGAAGAUGGACCAAGUGUUAAACAAUGAUGGGAUCACUCUCACCGUUCAUGAUAAAUCCAGUGAUAAAGAGUCAGAUAAGGUUAUGGUUCAUGUGGGUGCGGGCAAAACAAAGAAUGGGGAUAAUAACAGACAAUCGGGUUCACUUCAUCACCUGGAGAAAGACGGUGUUGGGUCUCAAUCUGGAGAAGAAGGGAAUUCUGGAGCAUAUGCUGUCCACAGGACAUCUUCAUAUCCCAUAACUGCUCCAUCACCUCUAAUUGGCCUGCCUGAAUUCUCUCACCUUGGUUGGGGGCACUGGUUUACAUUAAGGGAUCUCGAGCUUGCAACAAACAAAUUUUCCAAGGAAAAUGUUCUUGGCGAGGGUGGUUAUGGAGUUGUCUACCAGGGCUGUCUGAUCAAUAAGACUCCAGUGGCUGUGAAGAAACUCCUUAACAAUCUAGGCCAAGCAGAGAAGGAAUUUAGAGUGGAGGUGGAAGCUAUAGGCCAUGUGCGUCACAAAAAUUUAGUUCGGCUACUGGGGUACUGUGUUGAAGGAACUCACAGGUUGUUGGUUUAUGAGUAUGUCAACAACGGGAACUUAGAGCAAUGGCUUCAUGGAGCUAUGCGUCAGCAUGGAUAUCUUACUUGGGAAGCCCGCAUGAAGGUUCUCCUUGGCACUGCUAAGGCGCUCGCUUACUUACAUGAAGCUAUUGAGCCUAAAGUGGUCCAUCGGGACAUCAAAUCCAGUAACAUAUUGAUUGAUGAUGAGUUCAAUGCCAAGGUGUCUGAUUUUGGGCUGGCUAAGCUUCUAGGUGCCGGCAAAAGUCAUAUCACGACCCGAGUUAUGGGCACCUUUGGAUAUGUGGCUCCAGAAUAUGCAAAUACGGGCCUUUUGAAUGAAAAGAGUGACAUUUACAGCUUUGGGGUUUUGCUGUUGGAAGCAAUUACGGGAAGAGAUCCUGUGGACUAUGGUCGCCCUGCUCAUGAGGUGAAUCUGGUUGACUGGCUCAAGAUGAUGGUUGGCAGUAGGCGCUCUGAAGAAGUUGUGGACCCAAAUAUUGAAACAAAGCCAUCAACUAGGGCCCUCAAAAGAGCCCUUUUGACUGCUUUGAGGUGUGUUGAUCCAGACUCGGACAAGAGACCAAAGAUGAGCCAAGUUGUUCGGAUGCUGGAGUCAGAGGAAUAUCCUAUACCUCGAGAGGAUAGGAGAAACCGGAGGAGUCAAGCAGGGACAAUGGAGGUUGAUUCCCAGAGAGAGAAUUCUGACACUGAUAGAAGUGACAAUCCGGAUUUCACGUUUGAUAACAGAAGGAACAACCGGAUGUAAUUGUAGCAGUGGAGGGUGGUACUUAAUUCUUUUGGCCUUUCCAUUCUUGAGCUUUGCUUGCAUGAGGCUGGACGAAGAAGGAAGAGAGUGGACGAUCAGCAGUGGAAGCGGAAUGUUAUUGGUGCUUGGGUUACUUUCUUAUUGUAGAUUUUGGAGAAGAGAUUGUUUUGUGUUAUAUAGGUGUUACAAUGAAGGACCCAAAUCAACGUUAGUGUGUACAGAUGUUUGUAGCUCAUGAAAGAUUUUUAUAAAAUGAUAUUGCUGUUGAAAAUG